UCGCUUCUCACAGUGCUCACUGCACACGCGCAUAAUUAUAGGUCGUUAUGGUGUGUGCGGUGUGUAAAAAAUCAAUAAACCACCCUUCGUUAAAAAUGUAAAUCCGAAAAAGUUCAAUAUCGAAACAAUACGUAGACGUAAGUGAGCACAAUUUUAAAUAGGAAAAAAUCAUCAAAUAAUUGCUAGUAAACUAGUUUUAAAUUAAUGAAAACCAAUUAAUCAUUUAGUGUAAACGUGUAGCCAUUAAAAACGAUAGAAAUUUCAUUCAAAAUAACGAUGAAAAGUUGAUAUAUUGAUGAUGAAAAAUUUUUACACGCCAAGUAGCUAGUCAGUGUGAAAUAGUGAGUUACCAGCAACAACAACAAUAACAGCAACAACACAAAAAAAAAGAAAAAGCGAACACCGAACGAAAGAACACCGCAGAACCGGCAAAUUCGCACAUACGAACAUAUGUCAAAAUUUGAACGGCAGCAGUAAAAGCAAAAGCAGCGACAAAAGAGGCACACAUUUCGAGUCCGAGUUCGAGGACGUGUCCGAGCCAGGCGCAGCAACGCGAAACUGGUCAGGCGAACGCGUGUACAGCGGCAGCAGGGCGCAACGGGAGUCGCCGUAAAUCGACCAACUGUAAGCGCAACAAAACGUUUUUCGUGGACUCACUAAAAUGCCGCAAAUGCCGAAUUAAUUCCAGUUUUUAAUAGAACUUUGCGAUUAGGUUUCGGGAAAAUCCAAAUUAAUCGGGCAAAUGCCAUGAGUUUUGUGUUUCAAGCAACGCUUCGAAGUAUGGUCACAUCAAUGGAAUAGAAUAGCAGGCCGAAAUUUUUUUUCCCGCAACGCGAAGUAAAACGUGUGGGUGUUUAAUAUCGCUGAGGUAUCGUGACGUAUGUGUAAUCAGUGGUCAUUGCAAAAAAGAAAUUCAAAAUAUAUAUAUGUAUAACGCCUAAAUGCACACUGCAAAAUUGCUAUGCGAGCAUGUGUAGAUGAGUCUGUCUGCCGUGCAGGACAUGUAAGGACCUUAAACACAAAGGAAGCAGCGACAAGCGCGGCAAAGUGUGAAACAUCGAAAUCACGCUAAGUUAAAGUAAACCGAAAAUAGUAGAAUUCAAGCGAAAAGACGACGACAACGAUAAAAAAGCAUACAAGUGCAGAAGACGAAUUGAAUGCAAAGAUAAAUACGAAAACAAGAACAACAACAGCAGCAAGCUAAGCAGUGAAGCCAAGCAGCGCUGGCACGGAAACGCUUGUAGUGGGUGUCUCGCCGCGGAGUGGUAACUGCACAGCGUACGACGGGCAGAGUAAGCGGCAGAGGCAGCGGCGCUAAGGAUAAUGGCAAAGAGCAAAAACACGAAAACACAAUGAGCUGCGGUUUCACAAAAAGCUCCUUAAUAAAUUACACAUAACACAUUAGAAAUUGAAACGGUAUGGUGAAAAUGGAAUCCACAGAAGAACAGGAUCGAAAGUUAGUAUUGGAGUUUUGUCAUUUGCUCGAAAAGUCUAAGCAACUCUUCAACGGCCUCAGAGACCUGCCACAAUAUGGUCACAGGCAGUGGCAGGCGUAUUUCGGGCGCACAUUUGAUGUCUACACGAAAUUAUGGAAAUUCCAACAACAGCAUCGCAUGGUAUUGGACUCGAAAUACGGAUUGAAGCGUUGGCAAAUAGGCGAAAUUGCAAGCAAAAUUGGACAGCUUUAUUAUCAUUACUACUUAAGAACCAGCGAAACGAACUACCUGAACGAAGCUUAUCAAUUUUAUGCAGCUAUUAGGGGUAGGGCUUAUUACUCGCGUGCGAUCAAAGAAGAUCGGCCCGAUUUAAUGGUGAAGAAGUUGCGCUACUAUGCGCGAUUUAUUGUUGUUUGUUUGCUGUUGAAGAAAAUGAAGCUGGUUCGUGAGCUAGUGACGGAGCUGGAAAAGCAAAUACAGGAAUACACAACAACUUACGAGCCAGAAGAUCAUUUAGAAUGGUCAUUAGUUUUAGAAGAGAUUAAAGGUUUUAUAAAAGCUGAAGCUGCCGUGGCUGUUCUUCAUGCGGAUUCCAAUCCCAUCAUACUUUCACACAGUGGUUCCGGUUCUAGGUUGUCGCCGCUAACGACGCCACCAUGUGAACGUUCGCCGCACAUGACGUUGAGCCUGCAGGAGAUACUCAUUGUUGGCUCGGCGUGCGAACAGGCGAAAUUCUCUGAGUUAACAAUGGACAUGUUUAGAAUGUUGCAAACACUCGAACGGGAACCAACGGAAUCAACGCAUCCGAUGAGCAUCACACAUGGCAUGCACGGGCACGAUGCCAGCCCGGCUGCCAGCCGCAUACCACCAUAUGGUGUUCCAGGUUCUAAGGGUUACUUAGAAAAUGGCCGUCAUUAUCGAGACAAUCCUCACAAAUAUUUACUAUACAAGCCUUCUAUUAGUCAACUUCUGGUGUUCUUAGCUAGUGGAUUUAAAGAAUUGCCUCCAGGAGGCGCAUUACUCUUAUAUAUGUCAGCUGAUGGUUGUUUCUCGACUACAAAACAUCCAGAGGACUAUGGUUAUGAAUUGGGUGGCCUUGCUACGAGCGUCAAGCGUGAUGGCGUCGAAGGCGGUGGUAUAGCGUGUCGAGGGAAGUCCUAUAAGGAGAAUCAUUGUUUGUAUCCCGGCGACUUGUAUCCAUUCACACGAAGACCAAUGUUCAUUAUCAUCGAUUCGGAUAAUUCAUUUGUCUUUCAACACAUCCCUCGGUACUUUGGCCAACCAUUAGUUAUAUUAAUGUCACCGCAGGAUGUACCACCCGCAUUCCAAACUGAUGUUCAACAUCAUGGUUCGCUAUUCACAUUGUUCCUGCAUUCCCCACUGACGGCGCUCUGCUACACCUGUAAUGUCGGUGAUGUGCCCAUACAUCAUUGGGAGCGUUGCCAAUCGCAUGUAGACCGUUUCAUAACAGAGGCAUCAAGACUUGUGACGCGGUGUCGCAUCGAUGAAAUCGAGCAGGGCAUAGGUUUUAUAGACUCAUCGUACGUACAGUUCUUCGGUGAUGACUUUUUACGUACGCUAAUACUACGUUUCGUCUUCUGUGAUGUUGUACUGCGAUUGCAUCGUGGUUUUCGUGGACGUCAUAUGAGACCACGAUGCGAGCCACCAUUGCCAUCCAAUGAGUUACUCGAACACCCAUCACUGUCGCAUAUUAUAUUCCAAUUAGCGUCGGCGCUCGAUGUGCGCGGUCAUUUUUCCGAUGGACCCGAAUGCGACUGAUGAUUUUUUAGUAAUACUUGUAAAAAUAUUUAUUAUUUAAAUUUACUUGUAAAGCAAACAAUAGUCAUUAAUAGUACAGCAAUAGCAAGACAAACACGCAAGUUGGCAAAAGUUAACUCUGGUAAUAGCAAUAUUAUUAGGAGUGAUCAUAAAAUUGCGAGUAAAAGAAAUAAAUUUAAUUAUUACGAUAUUUAUUAUAAUAAAAUUAUUGUAAUUUUCUAUGAAAUAUUUAUAACUAUUUACAUUUAUUUUUUUCUUAGUAUCGGUUCCAUAGCGACUUUUUUACAACAUACAUACUUAGGUGCAUACAAGCAUGUUUGCAAAAAAAAUAAUUAAUUAUAAAAGCUGUAAUCGUAAAAAAAAAAUAAAACAAAAAAAUUCAAAUAAAUAAUUUUAUUUCUUUUCUCACAAUUAAUUGUAAUAAAUUGUAGAUAUACUUUAUGGUUUAUGACAGCUAACAAAUUUUACAACUGAGCGAAAUAUAAUAUUAUUACGAUAAAUUAGUGCUAAACCAAAAACAUAUUGCUGAGCUUCAAUUGAUGCAGAAUAUCAUAAAAAUAAUGUCUUGAAGACAUACUUACAUGCAUACAUAUUAAACUCCGUAUGUAUGUAUAACGCUGAAAAAUUUAUAAAGUUAAAAGCCGAAAUAUAUUUAUAAUAGUAUGGGCAGGACAGAAAACUAUGAAGGGUAUACGCUUUGACGAAGAGGAUAUACGAAAUUCUACUUGCUGUGCUUAAAUGACUUUCAAAGUAAUUUAUUCAUAAUUUUAUACCCUGAACAGGCUAUAUUAAGUUUGGUACGAAGUUUGUAACACACAGAAGACGUCAGAGACUCUAUAACAUGUAUGUAUAUAAAUUAUCAGUGUGACAAAGUAAGCAGAUUUAGCCAUGUUCGUAUGUCUGUAUAUGCACAAACUAGUCAAUCACUUUUUGAGAUAUGGGUUCGAAAUUUUUUUCUAUGUUUUAACAAAAGGCUGCUCAUUUGUUGGACUACCAUAGCAUAUCGCUGUCAUACAAACUGAUCGGUCAAAAUCAACUCCUUGUAUGGAAAACUUUUUUAUUUUACAAGAUAUCUUCACAAAAUUUGGCAUGCUUUAUUGUCCACGGCAACACUGCAGUCACUACAACAAAUAGUUCAGAUCGGACCCCUACAGCAUAUAGCUGUCAUACAAACAAACGGAUCAAAUUCAAAUUAUUUUUAUUUGUCAAGGGUAUUAUAACUUCGGUUCAAGCGAAGCUAACAUUUUUUUUUGUUGAAAUUAUAUUACGAAAUUUUUUAAAAAUAUUAUCUAUUAAAUAAGUUGUUCAGUUUAACUGUCAUUGUUAUAUUAUUUUCAUUUAUUCACAUUUCAUGUUAUACUAUUUUUAUAUAGGUAUACUGUACCAAAGCCUGUGUAGAGAAUAGUAUCAAAUAUCUGUAUAAAAAAAUUUAUUAAGUUCCGGUUCGAAGAUAAAAACUCUUCGCAUUUUUUGUGAUUUCUGAUCAAGUUAUGGAAUUUUAGAUUUUUUGCUUUACUCUGACAAAAGAUUUCGCGAUCAAUAUCAAUCACGCUUGUUCCAACUUUGAAAUAUAAAACUGUAUAACUAAAUUUUUUUUCGAAUCGAAUUGCAAAACAUAUCUAUUUGGGCCGUUUUUUCAAAGUCUGGAAAAUAUUAUCCUAAACCGUAGCUUAACUUGAUGAUAGCUUUAACAGACAGAACCGUUUUUACCAAGUUGUGGUUAGCUGCCCUACAGAUAGUUCGAUUAUUGUCAAUUUGUGGUGAAAACAAUUUACAAAACUUGCAUUGUGAACACGCAAAACUGUGUAAACGUUAUGAGCCAUGUGACCGGUUUUCGUAGGCGAGCGGACGACGAGGAAAGACGAAGAGACCGUGUCGUUCGUGCUUGGGUGGAAAACCAGUUUUCAUCAUGUUGCCGAUAAAGUUCUGGUUAAGCGCUUAACCAGAUAUUGAGAAAACGGCUAAGGACUGUUUUUUGUUUUAGUUUGGAUAUUGAAAAAUCUGUUAGAAAAAAUUAUUUCUUAUACAUUUGGUUAUAAUUAUAAGAAUUAUUAUUUUUUUGAACGCAUUCUUAUUUUUAUAUAAGUAUUUUUUUAUUUAUGAACUGUUGGACCUUUUAAACCAAUUGAUAUAUGUAUAUAUUAUCCAAUCUUUUAAGUUAGAAAAAACUGGCCACAGGGACGCGAAAGUUUAGUGAACUCGGUUCAGUAAUUUAGGAGCUUACCUCGGACAAAAAGUGACACGUAAUUUUUAUUUCAGAUAUAAACUAUCCUAUCUUUAAAGUUAGAUCAAACUGGACACAGCGUGCAAAGUUUUACUUAAUUCUGCUCUGCAGUUUACAAAAACUUUACGGACAAAACUUAACGCGUAGUUCUUAUAUAUAUAAGAUAGGGGUUUCCAUCCAUUAAAAUCGUUCAUCAUCCAUUCUUAAAAAAUCCUAAAUAAUCUAUGUAUAUUUGAGCACAUAUAUUUAAAGAAAUAUACACAAGUAAAAUUUUUUCAAUAAAUUUUUUUUUUUAUUAUUCUUUUUUGACUUUUACAUUGUAGGUAUAAAAUUAUGAGACAGACCUCGCUAUAUUUUGCAAAAAUAGCAAGCAAAGUCAUUUGAGCACAGUAAUCGCUGUUGUUGCGUCCCGGUAUGAGUAUAAAAGCUUUAAAUAUUAGGAUGCCCAUGGGCAUCCAGCGCUGUUAGUUAAGAUGAAGCUUUAAAAGCUGCAAUAAAUUCAGUUAAGUACUAACAUAUAUCUAUUAUUCUCUACCUCUUAUUUAACUAGUCUUUCUGCCAACCAAAAGGCAACUAAAAAAACAAACAAAAUGUCCUUUAUGCUCAUGACUGGUCACACAAAUCACAACAGUUGAACACCGAUUUGCUAAUUCAAAAGUUAUAUGCAAAUAUAAUACAAAUGUGAAAAA